AUGGAUUCAUUCCUCUGUGAUCGAUACACGCAGUUUCCCAGUCUCAACUAUGGGACUGAGGCCGUCCCUUCGCAAGCCUCUGCUACUUGGAAGCUGGACAAUAUCAUCGAUCUCGACAGACUGAUUCUCGCAUGGGCGUCUAUAUUGAGUCGUUUGAGUGAAGAAGAAUCCCCAGUCAUCCAAAUUGAUGGAGCCGCCGCGAGAAUACAUCUAGAAGGUGGCCAUAUAGAGAGUGUCCAGAUUGAAAAAUCGGGCAAUUCAGGUAGCCAUACUGCAAUAGUCACUUCGGAUACCCCUAUUACCAGCGAACGAUGUCAGCUAGAAAUCAGGUAUACCCCGCACCAACUAAAUGGGUCAAUUACAUCUAGAGGCUGUACCAGUGUCAGGUACCUGGAUCAGCUUGCUAGAAAUCUAGAGAGCCUUCUACGAGAGCCUCUACCCCUCUCAAUAGUCAAUCCAACGCCUUUGAUCUUACCAGGCCCUCAUCUUUUCCAUGAAAUGGUUCGUCACACUGGCAACGAGCCAGCAAUUUCGUUUCUUAAUGAAAGUGGCGAAGUAGAAGAUUUAAGUUAUGAGAUGCUUCACUAUCUCUCGGAGCAACUGGCGUCUCACCUGGUACACAUCCUAGCCUCUCUUCCACCCCCAGGACAGCACGGAAAGAUCAUACCUGUGCUUCUCCCCCAAUCACUAGACCUAUAUGUGGCGUGGUUGGCGAUUUUAAAGGCCGGUGCCGCUGUUUGCCCAUUAAACCUUGAUACCCCGACGGAACGGCUUAAUUUCAUUGUUGGAGAUGUCGAUGCUCGCGUUGUCGUCACCAAUGAGGGGCUUACCAGUGCCUUCCAAAAUAUCGAAACUUCAAUCACUAUAGUAAAAAUGGAAGAGAGCAAGACCUUUGCGCCAGGCUGUCUUUCUGGCGUGGAUGUUUGCAAUGAAGAUUUGGCAUACGUCAUGUAUACUUCUGGCUCUACAGGACUGCCUAAAGGAGUGGGAAUAUCGCACCAGGCUGCUGUGCAAGCGUUGCUAGCACAUGAUGAAAUAAUCCCUGGCUUCAGGAGAUUCCUUCAAUUUGCAGCUCCUACAUUUGAUGUCUCUGUUUUUGAGAUAUUCUUCCCCCUUUUCAGGGGUGUUACCCUCGUGGGUUGUAACAGACGUUUGAUGCUAAACGAUCUCCCCGGUAUCAUCAACCAACUGAAUGUUGACGCUGCUGAACUUACUCCAACAGUCUGUGGAGAACUUCUCCAAUCUCGAGAUGCUGUGCCGUGUCUUAAACUUUUGUUGACAAUCGGCGAGAUGUUGACAAGACAUGUGGUCGACGAAUUCGGUUCUUCGGAGGAUAAACCUGGAUUAUUGCACGGAAUGUAUGGACCUACAGAAGCGACUAUCCAUUGCACUGCUGUCUCUUCAGUUCGUGCCGGCUCGCUUGUUGGAAACAUUGGUACACCUUUCAAAACCGUCUCUGCUUUCAUCAUUUCUAUGGACCACAUCGUUGGUCAGGAACCAGUGAUACUACCUGUUGGUCAUGUCGGCGAGCUUGUGAUUGGAGGUCCACAGCUUGCUAGGUACUACCUUAACCGGCCGACCGAGAAUCGAAAUGCUUUUAUUGAUUCUAAAACAUAUGGACGGUUAUACAGGACCGGAGACAAGGCACGUCUACAUCCCAAUGGUGAACUCCAAUGCAUGGGUCGUAUAUCUACGGGACAGGUCAAACUUAGAGGUCAACGAAUCGAGCUUGGGGAGAUUGAGAACGUGCUCUUGAAAAAUCAAUACGUGAGAAACGCCGCCGCCUGUGUUAUUCAGGGAGCUCUCGUUGCUUUCCUAUCGGCGGACGUCGCACAUUGUACUUCCAGAGAUCUGCAGUUGACCUGCCGACGAUCCCUGCCGAAAUUUAUGAUCCCUGGGAACUUCGUCAUCCUAAAUAAGCUUCCUCGCCUCCCAUCUGGUAAAAUUGACAGGAAAGGUCUAGAGGCGGAAUACAUACUAUCAAAGGGCGUCGAUCAAACAGAUCUAGCUGAGCCAGCAGGAGACAUCGAACAGAAGAUCUCCGUAUCCCUCAACUUGCUUCUGGAGUCACCCAUUACCCCAACAGCAAGCCUUGCGUCAGCCGGCCUUGAUUCUCUAAGGGCUAUUCACCUUGCAUCCUCUUUACGGAAGGAGGGAGUCUUUCUGAACGCCUUGGAUAUCCUAGAAGCCGACUCUAUCCGCAAGAUGGCUGCCCUCGUCUUGAAGACACAACCUGAGAUGACUAUGAUUCCCACUGAAAGUGAGCCAUUAAAGAUGUGGAAUACGAUCAUCCAACAGGGGCACGAAAUGUUGAAGCUUACUGAGAAUUUACAGCAACCAACAGAUAUAAUUCCAUGCAGCCCAAUACAGACUGGAAUGCUUUUGGAAACGAAGUUAAAUCCUAAGACAUAUUUUAAUUCUGUUGAACUGCAGUUCGAUCGUGGCAUUUCUCUAGAAGGCGUUAAAAGUGCAUUUAUAAGCACUGCUCUACAAAACGAAGUUUUGAGAUCAGGGUUUAUUGAAAUAGACUUUCCUGGAUUCCCAUACGCCCAGGUCGUUUGGGAGAGUCUUCAUCCCGACCAAAUCAUAGAGUCGAAGAUUUUUGACCAUAACUUAGAGUUGCAGAACCAGUGGGAUAUAUUGCAUCCACUCAGAGUUCAACUCUGCGUCAUUGAUGGGCAACCCAAAGCUCUGGUUCAUAUCCAUCAUUCGUUGUAUGAUGGCUGGUCCUGGGAUCAGAUUAUGUGGGACUUGGCCUCAGCACUUGAGAAUAAACAAAUAACUCAGCGGCCACAAUACCGACUCUUCACCCUUUUCCACAUAAAUAAUCAUUCCUCCGAAAUUCGCGAGCAAGCUUUAAAUUAUUGGCAGUCUCAUCUCCAGGGCUCUACACCUUGUCUGUGGCCUAAUUUUCAAGAUAGAUCUGAUCUUCCAAAAGUCACCCAGGUUAUUGAGCGUCAGUUCAAUAUUGACAUAGACCAGCUUGAUUCUUUCGUUCGGGAUUUCCGAAUAGGUCGACAAAUCAUAUUCCAGGCAGCCAUUGGAUAUCUACUUUCGGCAUACAAUGGUACUUCGGAUAUUAUCCUUGGGAACGUAUCUGCUGGCCGUACCCUUCCUAUAGAUGGCAUUGAAAGCAUUGUGGGACCGUGCAUCUCGACGCUUCCUCUAAGACUUAAUCUCCAAAAAGCUCGAACUGUCCGUGAUCUACUUGCAAUUCUUCAUGGGUUGAAUAGAAAGUCUCUUGUUCACGGAUUUGUUCCCCUUCGAGACGUAAAACAAGUCUCCGGAAUUAAUACGGCUGAUCAGUUAUUUGAUACCCUUUUUGUUUGGCAAGAUAGCUUCACCACUAUCUGUGGACCAAUAGCCCAGGUCGCGUCGAGGGAUUUCCUUGAGUUCACAUUGACUACUGAACUGGGAAUUCAAGAUGGCAAAAUCCGAGCAAAGGCGACUUUCGAAGAAUCGAUCCUCCCGGAAAGCCACGUAGUGAUAUUUUUGAAACAAAUCGAAAGUAUAGCCAUGACUUUCCUUGAGUCUGCCGAUAGGCUAUUAGAGGACAUUCCAUCCCAUCUUCCGAAGUCUCUGCUUUCAAUGGAGAAUACUCUUCCACCGCCCUUGAAAUAUGUUCCUGGUCUAUCUGAGUCGGUUGAAGAGCUCGCAAAAAUAGACUCAGAGAGGAUUGCUGUCGAAUUUCUAGAUUCUUUAGACCCGGAAACAGGAGAUAAAGCUAUAAAAACACUGACAUAUUCGGAAUUGGAUGCACAAUCCAACAAGCUUGCUAGUCAACUCCGGAAUCUUGGCGUUGUUGAAGGUAAUUUGGUUGCAAUAUGCCUCGAGAAAUCACUUGAGCUUUACAUCUCUAUUCUCGCUGUCAUCAAAUCAGGAGCUGGAUAUGUGCCCAUGACACCACAAACGCCCAUAAAUCGAGUGAAGCACAUUAUUCAAGAAGCAAGCUGCCGCAUUUGCAUUGCCGAUAGUGAAAUUCUGGUCCAACUAUCAGAUCUCCCAAACACUAGGACAAUACUGGCCAAAAACCAAAUGUUGAUGCAGAAUGCUCUAUAUGAGUUUCCAAAAGCUCCUGGAUCUUCCCCUGCAUACGCAGUAUUCACAUCUGGGACCACUGGUACGCCAAAGGGCGUCCUUAUUUCACGUUUUAACCUGGAGAGUAACAUUGCUGUUUUGUCGGCACUAUAUCCUGAUUUUCCUGAAUCAAGAUUGCUUCAAGCAUGUUCUCAUGCUUUUGAUGUCUCUGUGUUUGAAAUAUUUUUUGCCUGGAGCAGAGGAAUGACCUUAUGUUCUGCAAAGAACGAUGUAUUGUUCAGGGACAUUGAACACGCAAUUCGCAUCUUGCGGAUUACUCACCUUAGCAUGACUCCAACCGUUGCUGCUCUUGUGAGAGCGAAUAACGUGCCGCUGGUUAAAUUUCUUGUCACUGCCGGUGAAGCACUGACACCAAAAGUUCUGAUGGAUUGGGCGGGGAAAGGCCUAUGGCAAGGGAGACCACUUCCGAACACGUCUGCGUUCGUACUCGCGGAAGGAGAACGGUUUUCUCUUGUCCCACGAGGAGCCAUAGGUGAGCUUUGUUUUGGUGGGGAUCAAGUGGGUAUUGGAUAUUUGAACAUGGAAGACCUCACACGACAGAAGUUUUUAGUCCAUGAAAAAUAUGGGCGGAUUUACAAAAGUGGCGACUAUGGAAGACUCCUCCCUGAUGGCUCAAUUGCCUUUGUAGGUCGCCGCGAUGACCUAGUAAAAAUUCGAGGCCAGCGCAUUGAACUGGGCGAAAUUACUAGUAUUUUGAUGACCCAUGAAAGUGUUAAGGAUUGCGCAACGAUCUUGUGUGAUUCCAACAAUGGAGACUGUGGAGACAGCAAACAGUUGAUAUCGUUUUGGGUCCCUGAAAAUAUCAAUAUCGACGGACUUGGGCAGCAUGAAAAUUCUCAUAUUUUCCAGCAACUUUUUGACUAUAUAGGCGAUCAUUUGCCUAGUUAUAUGAUCCCAUCCUUCCUCAUACCAAUAAGUCAUAUUCCCAUGACAACCGUCGGAAGAAAGAUUGAUAAGGAAGCCUUGAAGUAUAUGUACUUAAGCGCUAAUCCAACGCUUCUUGAUGUGUAUUCGCGUGGGGAGAAAGAAGAACAUACCCAGGAAAAUCUGACUGACAAUGAAGCGAAGGUCGCGGAACUUGUUGCACAAGUUACGGGAGUCUCGACGAAAGAAAUAGGGCGACAUACCUCCUUUUACCGACUAGGUUUUGACUCGGUGAUAGCAAUCGCUUUCUCCAGGGAACUAAAACUUGCCGGUUUCGGGCAGAUUGACAUCUCUGUUAUUAUGAAAAAUGAUUCCAUCACUCGACUUACGAGGAAGAUGUCGCAGAAUACUGAAGCCCAGAUGCCAGGCUUAGAAUCCAUUCCAGCAUUUAAUCAUCUCUUCAGUCCAGGCCUAAUAAGCAAAAUCAAGGAUGAAGCUUCUGCGCAUGGGGUCAACGUCACCAAAAUUUUGCCGUGUACUUCGUUACAAGAAGGCAUGCUUUCUGGCAUAUCCACCGGCAAUGAUGCGUCAUACUACAACCAUUUGGUUUUCGAAAUCAACAUGAACAUCGAGCUCUUAAAGAUGGCCUGGAUGAAAAUGGUUGCGAGGCAUGACAUUCUAAGAACUUGGUUCCAGCAAACUGAUGACGCUCGGUUUCCAUUCGUUCAAGUCGUUCUGGAGCGGCUUGAUAUUGCAUGGCGAUCAAUUGAAUGCCCAAUCGCCGAUGCACCCUCGACCCUGGAAAGAAGCAAGCUCUCAGUCGCUGUCAAAGAGGGGCCGCAUUCACUCUAUUCGUUUACUGUAUUACAGUGUGUUGAUUCUCCAAAGGUUUUCCUACUCUUAUCAAUACACCAUGCUCUAUACGAUGGUGAAGCAAUGGAAGUCCUCUUGCAAGAGGUCCAAGAUUGCGUGCUUGAGCAUCAACUUCCACCUGUCGUCCCUUUUGAUCUCUAUCUUCACGAGAUGAUCGAUGUCAACAGUGAUUCAACAGACCAGUUCUGGAGCAAUUACCUGAAGGACUUUACUCCUACCUUAUUCACAUCACCCUCCUCUCUAGUUAAGGGAAGCCCGAAAAUGAAUCGAUCGACUUCCCACAUACCUAGCUCAAGCUUUACUGAGGUUUGCAAUGCAUGCAAGAGCUCGUCUGUAACCACCCUGAGUUUACUACAGGCAGCCUGGAGUAGACUGAUAUGCUUACUCUCCGGUUCUCCUGAUAUCUGCUUUGGAGAUGUGGUAAAUUGCAGGGGUAUACCUAUCGAUGGGGCCGAAAGAAUAGUCGGCCCAUGCUUCAACACGUUGCCCGUGAGAACAAGCUUGAACGGGAAUAUGACAAACAUAGACUUGAUGAGGAACUUGCAAUUUAACAGAGCAUCCACUCUUCCCUAUCAACUCAGUUCAAUGAGGCGAAUUCAGUCGCGCUUCAGUCAACGAGGCCAGAGGAUUUUCGAUUCAUUGCUCCUGCUACAAGGAAGGCCCCUUCAGUUGAACGAGUCUCUAUGGAGGAUGGUAUCCGAGAAUGGUGUAAUGGACUUCCCUAUUAUAUUUGAAGUCGUACCCAACCCCGAAAGUGAUUCUAUGCAGUUCAUUUUCCACUUUGACGAGGGUCUUGUGCCGACAACGGAUAUAGAUAUCAUCAUUGCAAGUUACCAUGCUAUUCUAACCCAUACACUUCGCUUCCCGGAGGCUAGGGCAAUGGAUUUCUCUCUCGUUGAAUCUGAGGGACAAGUUCCUGGAGGCCUCAGUGUCUUCAGAAAAAUAGGGGAAGGAAAUAGAGAUCAUAAGACCAAUGGAUAUGACGAAUCCGAGGAAUGGGGUGAAGGAUGUCUAGAAAUUCGAGAUCUGCUUUCAGCAAUGUCAAAAAUUGAUAAAAAGCGUAUCAACAUGGAUACGACUAUUUUUGAGCUGGGACUUGACAGUAUCAAUGCUAUUCAGAUAGCUGGACAUUUUAGAAAAGUCGGCUACGAAAUUUCAGCGGCUGAUAUUCUAGAGGGGCCUUCAAUUCGAGAUAUUGCAUUGGUCCUGCAAGGUUCAAAAGCAAACGACUGCGUCGGCCUAACGCUUGAUAGCUUUGACUUCAAUAGCUUCCAAUCAUUGCAUUUAUCCUCUAUCUGCGAUAAGUUAGGAUUAUUGGAAAGUAAUAUUGAAGCUAUCCGACCUUGCACACCGCCGCAAGCAGGUAUGCUUGCCUCGUUCAUAAACUCAGAGGGCUUGCUUUAUUUCAACAGCCUUACGCUGAAAUCUCCGGCACCAUUGAAUCUGAUUGCUCUAAGAUUUGUAUGGGAAAGCGUCAUGGAGAGAAACGAGAUGCUGAGAACUGGAUUCUGUGACGUGAAGGACGACAUAUUCCCAUUCGCGAUGGUGACAUAUCGCCCGGGAGUUAUCGAAUUACCCUGGAAUGAGUGUCUUUCCCCUUCUAAGAGCAUAUCAGACGCGAGACGUGAACAACACCUUAAUGGCAAGAGUAUAUUGAAUCAACUCCACCACCCGCCGUGGUUCCUUACCGUUAAACCUUGCAGUGGCUCCACGCUCAUGCAACUUUCAGCCCAUCACGCUCUCUACGACGCUCAUUCAAUGAACCUUAUACUCUCAGAAGUGAUAAAUGUUUAUAAUGGAUCUACCUUACCGCCAGCGAUUCCGGUGUCUUCGGUCCUGGGUUACAUUGUCGAGAAGUUUCAAUCCCCUGAAUCAGAGAGUUAUUGGAGCGAGGUGGGCCCUUCGUUCAGUGCUACGAAAUUCCCAGACAUGAAUCCUCUCCAUGCUAAGGUAAACGAUACCCGUUUCCUUUCCCGAGACUGUUCGUUUACCAUGGAGAAACUACAAGAAGGCUGCCGUGAGCUUGGAGUUACCUUACAAGCCGUUGGUCAGGCUGCAUGGUCUCGAAUUCUCUCGUCAUACCUGGGAGAGUCUACUGUUACAUAUGGCUUGGUACUCUCUGGUCGAGAUAUCUCUGAACAAGCUCAGGAUACUGCAUUCCCCUGUAUUACGACAGUGCCAGCUCAGCAAAACGUGGAAGCAACGAAUCGGGAACUGCUUCAGCAGAUCAUGAAAUCCAAUGCCAUGGCUGUGAAAUAUCAAUUUACGUCACUGGCAAAGAUUCAGCGUCUGAGUAAAGCAGACUCCCCACUCUUCGAUACUCUUUUCGUUUUCCAAAAGCUGGCCUCCACGGAUAAACAAAACACCCUCUGGGAUGUAGUUGAAGAAAACAGUCAGACUGAAUAUUCUGUGUCUCUUGAGCUGAUCCCGAGUAACGAUACUCUCAAGCUUGCUGUGACCUAUCAAAAUCACAUUCUACCUGACGGCCAGGCCUCCUUGCUCCUUGAUGAACUUGAUUGGUUGCUGACUGAUAUUCUACAAUACCCUGAUUCAACUUCUUCUUCCCUCGACACUGCAAGCCGCUCCAUUGUGUCUGUUUUACCAAGAAAGGAUACUAAAAUUGAUUGCCCAACUCAACUUUUACAUCAGUUUGUAGAAGUUGGAGCAACUAGGCAUCCAUCUAAGGUGGCACUCGAAUUUGCGGAGAGAGUCAAUGGCAAACUAACUACCCAGAGCUGGACUUACAAAGAUUUAGAUGAACAAGGAAAUAGAUACGCAAACCUACUUCACCAUCUCGGUGUGAAACAAGGAACUUUGGUUGGAGUUUCCUUUCAGAAAUGUCCAGAGGCUUACUUCUCAAUACUUGGAGUCCUCAAAGUUGGCUGUGCAUUCUUAGCGAUUGAUCCCAGUGCUCCAAUCGCUCGAAAACAAUUUAUAUUGGAAGAUUCGAAAGCAGAUGUCCUCAUGUGCGGGAUGGGACAGCAAAAUGAGUUAAAAAAUCUGACUGGCAUAAGGCUGGUCGUGGUAAAUGAAGAGGGUCUACUGAACGGAGUGGACUCGACACCUCCAACACUAAGCUUCCCGAUUCACGGUGAUGAAACCUGCUAUUGCUUGUAUACCUCAGGAAGCACAGGUACACCGAAAGGUUGCGAGAUAACUCAUGACAAUGCUGUGCAAGCCAUGCUUUCAUUUCAAAGAUUGUUUGGAGGACAUUGGGAUGAAUCGUCUCGGUGGUUCCAGUUUGCUUCAUUCCACUUCGAUGUCAGCGUUCUUGAGCAAUACUGGACGUGGAGUGUAGGAAUAUGUCUAACAUCUUGCCCUAGAGAUACUCUCUUUGAAGACUUUGCGGGAACCCUUCGUGACUUGUCUAUCACACACAUUGAUUUGACUCCUAGCCUCGCACAGUUAAUACACCCUGAGGAUGUCCCAUCCCUUUGCCGUGGUGUUUUUAUCACAGGGGGCGAAAAGCUAAAGCAAGAGAUCCUUGAACAUUGGGGCCCUCAUGAGGUCAUUUACAAUGGAUAUGGGCCAACCGAAGUCACAAUCGGUUGUACAAUGCUUCCACGGGUCACUUCUUCGGAUAAGCCGACUAAUAUUGGUCCGCAAUUUGAUAAUGUCAGUGGUUAUGUCUUCAAACAGGGUACCAAUACACCCGUUUUACGUGGUGGUAUCGGAGAACUUUGUGUGUCUGGCCCACUUGUUGGCAAAGGUUAUCUGAACAGACCACAAUUGACAGCAGAAAAGUUCCAAUAUAUUGAGACAUAUGGAGAAAGAGUUUACCGAACUGGUGAUUUAGUACGCAUGAUGCAUGAUGGAAGUUUCUGCUUCCUUGGACGUAUUGAUGACCAAGUGAAGCUUCGAGGUCAGAGACUUGAAAUCAAUGAGAUAAACCAUGUGAUAAAAAAUUCCACAGAGGGAGUGGGAGAUGUGGUGACAAUGGUACUCAAACAUCCCACUGCAACUAAGGAGCAAAUAGUGUCUUUCACCACUGUCCUUACUUCUGCUUCCACAGCUUCCUGUCCAGAAGUUGACUUCAGCCCUGAGGCUGGCAGAGUUUUGGAAGCCAUCCGCUUGGAAUGCCGGUCACAUUUACCAGGGUACAUGAUCCCGACUCAUAUUAUCCCGUUAACGAAGUUUCCGUUAUCAUCUAACAACAAAAUUGAUAACGGUCAAUUGAGAGGAAUAUUUGCGUCGAUGGUACUGAGCGAAAUGCAGACAUUGUCCAGUCAUGAGCAGGAAAGCCCAACCGAAGACACGGAUACAAUCAGGGCGAUAAUUCCUAUAUUGUCUAGAUUUACGAAGGUCGAGGAGAAGACAAUCUCAUCAUCUUCAAACAUCUUCGAAUUGGGCCUGGACUCUAUCUUGGUGAUAUCCUUCUCUCGGGCGCUACGGGAAGCUGGCUUUCCAGCUGCCCACCCAUCAGUUGUGAUGAAAUGCUCAACUAUUUCGCUACUAGCUAAGGCUAUUGAAUCUCCUGAUAACAAUGGUGAAGGCGAGAGGCGCCAGUAUGAGGAUGCAAGGCAAAAAAUAGCAGCAUUUGCUCAUAUGCAUAUGUCACACGUGGCAAACGAACUAGAAGUUGCUCCACAGGAUAUCGAAGCCAUCACUCCAUGCACAUCAUUGCAAGAUGGCAUGCUGUACCAAUGUCUGAGGAAUGAAUCUCACCCUUACUUGACAUCAUUCAAGUUUCAGCUUGCACCGCACACCGACAUACCGAUGCUUAAGGAGGCUUGGAAACGAGCACAAGUUUCGUUCCAGUUGCUACGUACAAACUUCCCUCUUACAGAUGAUGGAUACGCUCUCGUUGUCCUUAAGGAGGCAGCCCUACCGUGGUUCGAAUUUGUAAUAUCAAAGGACGAUGAACUUGAAAGUACAGCUGAGAGCCACUUCAAGAAGUGGAACCUUGGUUUCAAUAAUUUCAUGAGCCGAGUCUGGGAAAUCGGUAUCGUCUCCAGCCCAAAACGCAGAUGGAUGUGCCUGAAUAUAUUCCACGGUUUAUACGACGGUGUCAGUCUCCCAAUCAUCCUUGAUGCAGUGAAAAACGAAUACAAUAGCGGACAAAUACCGAGGUCUAUGCCAUUCACCGAAGUACUGCCUCUUGGCCCACUUCGUACUGUGCCUGCUGCUAAAUCGUUCUGGGUCAAACAUCUCGAGGACCUGAGCCAAACGACAAUACCACGGAUACCGCUCCCCGAACCUGGGUCCAGAACUUUGACAAUUCGGAUUGAAGGCUUCCAUGGCAUUGAGGAAACAAGGAGAUCACUAGGCGUUACGGAACAAGCAAUGUUUCAUGCUUGCUGGGUGUAUACGUUCGAGAGGUACUUUAGUUACACCCCGACUAUGGGCAUUGUGGUUUCCGGAAGAUCAUUCGACUCAGAAGACGCUAAUACUGCGGUUGGGCCUUUGUUUAACACUAUUCCUUGCAAUAUUCCGAAGUCCGGUUUCUCGACCUUUUCUGGACUUGUGAAAGCUUGCCAUGACUACUCUGUCUCUGCCCUUCCUUUCCAGCAUACGCCGCUGAGAUCAAUAAUGAAAUGGAUCGGUCGAAGUUCCCAGAGACCUCUGUUUGACGUACUCUUUGUUUUCCAGAAACAAGAAAACACCACCUCUCAAUCAGGGGAGUCGUUAUGGGAACCUGUGGCAUCCUUCGCAGAAGCUGAUUACCCCCUUGCCCUAGAAGUGCAGAGUCAAGGAAGUGGAUCUUUCCAGGUGACGGCCGCGUGUCAAGGAGAUAUCUUGACUUCUGAUGGUAUUUCCGACUUACUCGAAAAUUUCAAGCUAUCUUUACGUAUCUUUGUGGAAGAACCAUUCUCGAAUCUUGGCUUUUCAGGAGAUUCAACCUCCUUGGAGGCUUCGUCGAAGCAGCUUGCCAACAAAGUCAUUGGGGACCCUUCACCCAACGGCACUGCCUCGUUUCAAUGGAGUCAAGCAGCUUCAUUGCUGAGGCAAGAGAUUGCUAAAUUAGCAAACCUCGAUGUGUCGGAAAUAAAUGAGGACUCCUCAAUCCUUGAAGUUGGCUUGGAUAGCAUAGAUGCCAUCAAACUCUCCUCUCGCCUGAAGCGUGACCACAUAGAUUUGUCCGUGGGCAAUAUCAUGCGAAAUAGGACUAUUCGAACCAUGAUGGCCGAGGUUACAGUGAAUGGCAGUGCCACUAAAGCCGACCUGACUUACUUGAAAUCUUUAGAGAGUCAAUUACGACGGUCUCUGGAAGAAGAUGGGAAAGACCUGGGAGAUAUUGAACAUAUCUAUCCGGCGACACCCUUGCAGGAAGGCAUGAUCAAUGAAAUGUUAUCAUCUGAUGGCCUUCACUAUUUCAACCAUGACAUCCUGCAGAUCAACGAAGAUGUGGACGUCACCAUGUUGAAGAAUGCAUGGGAAACUAUCGCGAAACGUCACCCAAUCUUGCGGACUUCCUUUGCCACGGUGCCUGACCCAAAUUUGCCUUUCUCUUAUGCACAACUCAUUCACAAAUCAAGCAUCAAAAUUGACUGGAAUAUUGUUGAUGUUGCAGAAAAUUCCAUUGAAUCAAUUAUUCAAGAGGAGCGAGCAAGGGCAUUGUCACUGGUAAUGUCAAAACCACUAUUCAACUUACGCCUCAUUCGAGAUAGAGCCAAACUGCUUCUUAUCCUUUCUCUGCCUCAUGCCAUGUACGAUGGAUGGUCACUCACCCUUCUCCAUCAAGACGUAGCGAGCGCCUACUCAGGCCAAUUUAGCGCACGCCCAUCCUAUCAACAUGUCCUUGAAGCUAUCAUCAGUUCAUCCAGAGAUGAAGGUCUGCAGUUCUGGAAAGGCGUACUCUCGGAUGCAGAGCCGAGUAUAUUUCCCCCACAGCCAGGUGCUGGUGGUCAAGGAGCGCUGGUGCACCGUGACGAGACUGCCUCCGAUAUACCACUCUCGCAUGUGUUGGACUUUUGCAAGGCCCACGGCGUUACAGCCCAAGCUCUUGGUCUUACAUGUUGGACCAUUGUCCUUGCCAGCUACCUGGGACAAUUGGACGUUCUAUUCGGCACAGUGAUGCUUGGACGAGACACAGAAGAAGCUUCAAAAAUUGCUUUCCCAACAAUGAAUACCGUUGCCGUCCGUGGAAUCCUACACGGUUCUGUGUCCGAGAUGUUAGAAUACGUGCAGAGGAAUCUGGGUAACAUGUUGGCGCAUCAACACUACCCACUACGAAAGAUCAAGUCUAUGAUGGGAGUAGGAAAUAAGGAUCUUUUCGAUACCCUUUUCAUCUACCAGAAGAGCCCUAGUUCGCAGGAAAGUCAAGAUAAGCCUCUCUAUAAAUCGAUUAACAGCUCAUCGAGUGUGGAGUAUUCCAUCUGUGUCGAACUAGAGGCUAUUGAUGACUCCGCUGUAUGGCGUGUUGCCUGCAAAGAUACCAUUUUAAGCAAGAAAGAUACCAGUCAACUUGUUUUGCAGCUGUUGCAAGUAUUCAAAGCUAUUAUUCAAUCACCAGAGAUGUCCACUGCAGACUUCGUAGAGGUUAGAGAACGGCCAACCCUUGAUAGUGUGACUCAAAACGGUGGUUCUUUACCUGACGGGCCCAGUGGUAUCGCCAUUGAGCCCGUAGUGUGGUCACUACUGGAAGACAGGAUCAGGGAUACCUUGUCACUAGUUGCUGCUGUACCAAAGGAGGAGAUCACCAGGAAUACCACCAUCUUCCAUUUCGGUAUUGACAGCAUCAGCGCUAUCAAGGUCUCUUCAUUACUCAGACGGCAGUCUGUGCUCAUCUCUGUUAGGGAUAUACUGCGAGCGGAGACUGUUGGAAAAAUGGCGGAGAUAGUCAAUUCUGCGCAGGAGAAGAAGCCAACAACUGCAACUUCAAGAGAAAAACUUUUGUCACCGCAAACGCUGAGGAAUAGCAACAUCGACCUACAGCUGGGGAAGUAUGGUAUGAAGCGAGAAGAUGUUGAGGCCUUCCUCCCGGCUACGGCAGGGCAGAUUUACAUGCUGGAGACCUGGAAGAACUCGCAUGGAAAGCUCUUCUUCCCAGACUUCUUCUACAGGGUUACUGGCCGCAUCACUCAGAGCCAGCUAGACAGCGCAUGGAAAGUGAUGACUGCCAAACUACCGAUACUUCGUACAACAAUACUCUCUAUUGGUGAUACCGACAUGCCUUAUGUACUGGCUGAGCUGAAGCAAGCUAGUAAUCCGAUAAUCUGGAGAUCCGAUCUGAGGGUUAAGUCGAAUCGUCGCCAUGUCGCGGCCAGACAGGGCUCUGGACUUGUCUAUCUAUAUGCUUCUCAAACUGAGACGGAGACUUUGCUGAUGCUACAUAUCCACCAUGCCCUUUAUGAUGCAGUGGUGCUUCAGCAUCUUAUCAAUAUACUUGAGUCACUAUGCCAGGGUGUGUCUACCCCGGUAAGUACGCCAGUAGACAUUGCAGAGUUUAUACAGUACGGCAAGGCUAUGUCUUCUGAAGCCCAGCAGGAGGCAUUCUGGAGGGGCUAUCUAGGAAGUGAUACUACUCCGGUUGCCCAAAAUGCUUCUGGGCCUGUGAUGGACGUCCAAGCCGGGGCAGGAAAGUACCAGCCAGGUCUCCUGGACAAUACCGACUGGCUGAACAAGAUCUGCCAGGCAGAAGGAUUAUCAGUGCAGGCCGUGUUCCUGGCAGCCUACUCCAAGGUACAUGUGAGAGAGUUCCAUGUCCGAGGAGCAGACUUGACGGUUGGUGUAUAUCUGGCCAACCGCUCCCACGACCUGGUGGGCCUUCCAGAGCUUGUGGCGCCAACACUGAACAUUGUACCACUCCGCAUCCAAGAUCCAGGGUCUCGCUCCGUGUUCGAGCUAGCGCGCAUCAUCCAGAGUGACCUGCAUGAAAUCGGUUCUGCCGAGAACUGCACCGUGUCGCUGGCCCAGAUAGCGGAGUGGACAGGAAUCAGGCUCGAUACGACAGUGAACUUCAUCAAGUUACCGGAGGUGGUGGCACAGGUAUCAACAGCGACGACCGGUGCCCCGCAACUAGUUCAGGUUACAGAGGAAGAGGUGCUCAAGUGGCAGAGCAAGGAAAGCUGCAACAGCAACGGCAGUGAGCAAGUGGAUGUGGCGGCAAAGGGCAGCAGCAGCAAGCUUUGGCUGGAAGAGAUGCUUGGAAUAGAGAGUGGAGUUGGAUUGGAGAACGCGGGAGAUGUUUACAAGGUAAGCCCCCCAGGGUCCCAAUUAUCCCAGGAUUCCCCUGAAAAGCAGGAGGCUAAUAACAAGCCAUCUCCACAGCCGUCCGUGGAUAUCGAGGCAGCGGUUAGAAACAACACGCUGGAUGUCGGGGUGUUUGGCCCCAGCAGCGACAAGGCUUUGGGGGUGCUGGACGGAGUCCGGCGUGAGCUCCUUGCCCUGCAGACGUCCAGCGCCAGGUGA